AUGGGAAUUUCUAACUGGAGCCCUCGCUGUGUGUUACAGGCGAAGCUGAUCGUGCCCAACAGCACGGCGGGCCUAAUCAUCGGCAAAGGCGGCGCGACGGUGAAGGCGGUAAUGGAGCAGUCCGGGGCCUGGGUGCAGCUCUCGCAGAAGCCCGAGGGCAUCAACUUGCAGGAGCGGGUGGUGACGGUGAGCGGCGAGGCCGAGCAGAACCGCAAGGCGGUCGAGCUGAUCGUGCAGAAGAUCCAGGAGGACCCGCAGAGUGGCAGCUGCCUCAACAUCAGCUACGCCAACAUCUCGGGCCCGGUGGCGAACUCCAACCCGACCGGCUCGCCGUACGCCAACUCCGCCGAGGUGCUGCCGGCGGCGGCGGCGGCGGCGGCAGCCGCGGCGGCCUCGGCGGCGGGCCUGCUGGGCCAUGCCAACCUGGCGGGGGUGGCGGGCUUCGCGGGAGGAGGAGGAGGCGGUGGAGGCGGAGGCGGCGGAGGAGGAGGCGGAGGCCUGUCGGGCUUCACUGGCAACGACCUGCUGGCCAUCAGCUCGGCCCUGAACACGCUGGCGAGCUACGGCUACAACACCAACUCGCUGGGCCUGGGCCUCAACCCGGCCACCGCCACUGGGGUCCUGGCAGCAGUGGCGGCCAGCGCCAACCCAGCCGCCGCCGCUGCCGCCAACCUUCUGGCCUCCUACGCCAACGAGGCCUCGGCGGCGGGAGGCGGAGGAGGAGGCGGCGGGGGAGGCGGCAACCCUGGCAACGCGGUGGGUACCUUCUCACUGGGCUCCCUGGCAGCCGCCACCAACGGCUACUUCGGCGCGGCAGCGGCGGCGGCUGCGUCCCCGCUGGCGGCCGGCUCCAUCUUGGCCGCCGAGAAGCUGGGCGACGCCUCCAAGGACGUGGUGGAGAUCGCGGUGCCCGAGAACCUGGUGGGCGCCAUCUUGGGCAAAGGCGGCAAGACGCUGGUCGAGUACCAGGAGUUGACUGGCGCCCGCAUUCAGAUCUCCAAAAAGGGCGAGUUUAUCCCCGGCACCAGGAACCGCAAGGUGACCAUCACCGGCACCGCGGCCGCCACCCAGGCCGCGCAGUAUUUAAUCAGCCAGAGGAUCACCUACGAGCAAGGCGUCCGAGCCGCCAACCUCCAGAAAGUCGGUUAGUUUACAACAACAACAACCGCCAACCGCCACCAACAACAACAACGUCAACAACAACAACAACAACAAACCAAACGAGGUGCCGAAACAGAAAGACAGGUUUCCGUUUUUCUUUUCUAAGAACUGAAAGGGGCUUAUAUAAGUACUUGAUUCUAAUUAAAACGUCUUGUAUUAAUAUAUUAUAUGACAAUGUCAGAGAUCUGUGUAUAUGUAAAUAAUGUUUACCACUUGUUUCCAUGGAAACCACUUCUUUUCUCAAUCUUUUCUCCCCAAUUUUGUUUUCCCCCAUCUCCUUCUCUCUCCCCCCAAUCCCCAUCUCCUUCU